AUGGGGCUCCUGGCUGGGGUUGUAGCUGGGGAGGACUCCCAUCUCCACGGGCUGACCCUGCUCCCCCUCCUCAACUCCCCAGUCCCUGGCAGAGGAACCAGACACAUCCACGUCAGUGUCCCUGCAGUGUCUGCAUUUGUCCUUGGAGAGUCUCUGCUCACCAUGGAGAUCCUGGCACUGGGGCUGGUGCUGCUGGUUGGGACCCAGGCCACUGGCAUCAAGGAGAUAGCACUGGACAUGGCACCCAACAGCUUCGAUGACCAGUACAAGAGCUGCCGCACUAAAAUGGAGAAGAAGUUGCCAUUGCUCAACAGAACUGAGAUGUCCAGAAAUGACCUCUAUGCUGAAGCCUGGGCCAAGGCCACUGCCAAGUGGCACAGCCAGGUGUUCCCAGGGACCCCACUGCGGAAGGAUCAGGCCAUUGCUGUCCUGGCCUACACUUUGCAAGGGCAAAUGUACAGGAAUUUCAACGUGGCUGUGCGUGAGGCCGGGAGCUCACCCCAGGAAUACCAGGACAACUUCCACUUCAAAGCUCUGCAUUUCCUCCUGCUGACCACGGCCCUGAGUGAUCUGCGCAAAGCCCAUCACCAGGGCACCUGCCUCCAUGUGUUCCGGGGUGUCCAAGGGAUCCACUUCACCGCCAAGCCUGGUGACAUCAUUCGCUUUGGCCAGUUCACCUCCAGCUCCCUGAAGAGAGAGGUCACCCAAACGUAUGGCCAGGACACUCUCUUCGAGGUGGACACCUGCUAUGGUGCCUUGAUCCGGAACUUCUCCUUCAAUCCUGGUGAGGAGGAGGUGCUGAUCCCACCCUUCGAGACCUUCGAGGUCACCAGUGUCACCCAUGAAGAGAACAGACCUCACAUCCAUCUGCACUCCCAGGGUGUGAAGAGCAACUACGAGUGCGAGUGGCUCCGAGGUGGGAACAUCCCCAGGAACACCCCAAGCCUCGGGGGGCUCCUCCUGGCAGCCUUGGCCCUGGCUGCUGCCACCGGGACCCUCUAA